CAGCAUCUUUUCAUCCCAUCUUUUGUUUGCUCAAAUUUAAGCAACGAGCUCGAGCGCACGUAAAGGAAAACACAGCGGUUUCUCUCAACAUGACGUCACGUGUAGGUCCGAGACCUGGUGGGACCAAUGGAAGUGAAUUUAAACUCAGAGAAAGGGGGACCCCACCCUACCAGAUGAGUGCUUCCCUUAAGUCAGAGGUGCGGAAGUUAAACUUGGUUCACCUUCUCAUUUGGCUGCUGGUUGCUGCUCAGGUGGUCGUCAGCCACUUCAACCUGGUGUCACAUGACAUAGUGUCCAUGCCGUACCAGUGGGAGUACCCCUAUCUGCUCAGCCUCCUCCCUCUGGUCGGCAGCAGUCUGUCACUUCCAAAGAACAAUAUCAGUUACCUGGUCUUGUCCAUGAUUAGCGCAGGGCUGUUCACUAUGGCACCUCUUAUUUAUGGUGGAAUGGAGAUGUUUCCUGUCGCGCAGCAGCUCUACCGCCACGGAAAGGCCUACCGCUUCAUUUUCGGUUUCUCCGCAGUGACUGUUAUGUACCUCAUCAUGGUGGUUGCUGUUCAAGUGCACGCCUGGCAGCUGUAUUACAUGAAAAAGCUGCUAGACUCAUGGUUCAAUGCCACAGAGGAGAAGAAGAAGAAAUAGUGGAGCGAUGAAUGUUGUGACUGGGCAAAACUGUGUUUUCAUCUUAAUUUAUAAAUCAGUUAUGAGACUUAUUUAGUUAAUAAAUAUCAUAGAACAUAUAUUAUAAACCAGUGUUUUCUCACAAAG